AUGAGCAGUAACAGUAAGAAAACAUCGGGUGGGAAGGAAGAAAAGAAGAAUCCGUCGAGUAAAGAGGAAAGUCCUGUGACUGGGAAAGAUGAGGCCGGAGGAUCGGCCUCGACGGGAAGCACAGGCGGAGCAGCGAGCACGGAUGGAACGCAGCCUGGAAGUAAGCCUGGCUCCGCUGGAGCUACCAGCAGAGAGGCAGCACAAAAGCUCCUCGGGGUUGCCGCGCGUGGAGAAUGGGCACCGGUGGACCAGUUGCUCAAAUCUAUGGAGAAGGCGGUGCAGAAUGUCGGAGAGGAUGGUCCUCUUCUUCCACUUGCCAGUGUCAUAGACCCGGCGACGGGUAUGACACCGUUGAUGUACGCUGUUAAGGACAAUCGGACUGCGUUACUCGACCGGAUGAUAGAGCUAGGAGCUGACGUGGGCGCAAGGAACAACGACAAUUACAAUGCUCUCCAUAUCGCGGCUAUGUACUCGAGGGAAGACGUUGUCAAGUUGCUGCUGUCGAAACGAGGGGUUGAUCCUUACGCGACUGGAGGGCCGAGGCAACAAACAGCCGUGCAUCUGGUCGCAUCCAGGCAAACUGGGACAGCGACGUCCAUUUUACGAGCGCUACUGGCCGCCGCCGGCCGGGACAUUAGGUUGAAAGUCGACGGGAGAGGAAAGAUCCCGUUGCUGCUGGCAGUGGAAGCUGGAAAUCAGUCGAUGUGCAGGGAAUUGCUGGCUCAACAGGCACCUGAUCAACUUCGCGCUACCACGCCCACAGGAGACUCGGCGCUUCAUCUGGCAGCUAGAAGGAGGGACAUCGACAUGGUGCGAAUAUUGGUCGACUACGGAGCUGUUGUAGAUAUGCAAAACGGCGAUGGCCAAACUGCGUUGCACAUAGCAAGCGCAGAGGGCGACGAGACUUUGGUUAAAUAUUUCUACGGGGUGAGAGCGUCAGCAUCCAUCACCGAUCAUCAGGAUCGUACUCCGAUGCAUCUGGCGGCGGAGAACGGACACGCUUCGAUAAUCGAACUUCUGGCGGAUAAAUUCAAGGCUAGCAUAUUCGAGAGGACGAAGGACGGGUCGACGUUGAUGCACAUCGCCUCGUUGAACGGGCACUCGGAGUGCGCGACGAUGCUCUUCAAGAAGGGUGUAUAUUUGCAUAUGCCGAAUAAACGUGGAGCUAGAUCGAUUCACACCGCGGCCAAGUACGGUCACGUUGGCAUUAUAAGCACGUUAUUGCAACGAGGAGAGAAGGUGGACGCAACAACGAACGACAAUUACACGGCGUUGCACAUAGCCGUGGAGAACGCGAAACCAGCUGUAGUGGAGACUCUGUUGGGUUACGGAGCAGAGGUUCACGUUCGAGGAGGGAAACUUCGCGAGACGCCUCUUCACAUAGCGGCUAGAGUACCAGACGGCGACAGAUGCGCGCUGAUGCUGCUGAAAUCCGGUGCAGGACCAAAUUUAACCACCGACGACGGUCAGACACCUGUACACGUCGCAGCCAGUCACGGAAACCUGGCGACCUUAUUGCUACUUCUAGAAGACGGCGGUGAUCCUAUGUUCAAGUCAAAGAACGGCGAGACACCGUUGCACUUAGCCUGCAGAGGUUGCAAAGCAGACGUGGUGCGUAAUUUGAUCCAGUUCGUGAAAGAGAGGAAAGGUCCGGAUGUAGCGACCGCGUAUGUCAACAGCUUGACAAACGAGGGUGCAAGUGCUCUGCAUUAUGCCGCCCAAAUCGAACCGUCGGAAGUUGUGACACCCGGUGACGAUAGAGCGGUAAUUCGAGCGUUAUUGGAGGGAGGAGCAGACGUGUCACUUCAGACGAAACAGGCUCAAGAGUCGGCGUUUCAUCACUGUGCACUGGCUGGAAAUAACGAAGUUCUGUCGGAGAUGAUCAGCGGCAUGACAGCCACGGAAGUGCAAAAGGCGUUGAAUCGUCAAAGCGCCGUAGGCUGGACACCGUUGCUGAUCGCUGCCCAUCGAGGUCACAUGGAACUGGUGACUACGCUGCUGGCGAAUCACGCGAGGGUAGACGUGUUCGACCUGGAGGGUAGGUCUGCCCUUCACCUGGCGGCUGAACACGGCUACCUGCAGGUCUGUGACGCGUUGCUCGCGAACAAAGCGUUCAUCAACUCCAAGUCCAGAGUGGGUAGAACCGCGUUGCACCUGGCAGCGAUGAACGGCUACUCGCAUCUCGUCAAGUUUCUCGUGCAGGACCACGGGGCUGCGAUAGACGUUCUUACGCUGAGAAAACAGACACCUCUUCACUUGGCAGCCGGUGCUGGCCAAUUGGAAGUGUGCAAGCUUCUACUCGAACUCGGGGCGAGCAUAGACGCGACUGACGACCAGGGUCAGAAACCUAUUCACGCGGCAGCGAUGAACAAUUACGCGGAAGUGGCUCAGCUGUUUCUCCAAAGGCAUCCGAGCUUAGUGAUGGCUUGCACCAAGGAUGGAAACACAUGCGCUCACAUAGCAGCGAUGCAGGGUAGCGUGCGUGUGAUCGAAGAAUUGAUGAAAUUCGAUCGUCAAGGUGUGAUCUCCGCGAGGAACAAGCUGACAGAGGCGACUCCGCUUCAACUAGCCGCCGAAGGAGGACACGCCGAAGUGGUGAAAGCGUUGGUGAGGGCAGGUGCUUCCUGUGCCGAUGAGAAUCGCGCAGGAUUCACCGCGGUUCACUUAGCGGCGCAACACGGCCACGGUCAGGUACUCGAGGUGAUGAGAUCCUCCCAGUCUCUGCGUAUAUCCAGCAAGAAGCUGGGAGUCACCGCUCUCCAUGUAGCCGCGUACUUCGGUCAAGCUGAUACCGUCAGAGAGCUGCUCACCCACGUGCCUGGAACGGUGAAAUCUGACCCGCCAACCGGUGGCUCGCUGGUAGGAGAAUUGGGAAGCGAGUCUGGAAUGACACCGUUGCAUUUGGCAGCUUAUUCCGGCAACGAGAACGUCGUACGAUUGCUGUUGAACUCGGCUGGUGUUCAGGUAGAAGCAGCGACCACCGAAAAUGGUUUUAAUCCUCUUCAUUUGGCAUGCUUCGGUGGGCACAUCACCGUGGUGGGUCUGCUGUUAAGCAGAUCGGCGGAAUUGUUGCACAGCUCGGAUCGGUAUGGGAAAACCGGUCUGCACAUCGCUGCAACGCACGGACACUACCAGAUGGUGGAGGUGCUGCUCGGUCAGGGGGCAGAAAUAAACGCGACCGAUAAAAACGGCUGGACGCCGUUGCAUUGCGCUGCCCGGGCCGGUUAUCUCGAUGUUGUUAAAUUGCUGGUCGAAAGCGGAGCCUCGCCGAAGAGCGAGACCAAUCUCGGCUGCGCGCCGAUUUGGUUCGCCGCCUCGGAGGGCCACAACGACGUGCUCAAGUAUCUCAUGGAGAAGGAGCACGAUACCUACGCCCUGAUGGAGGAUAAGAGGUUUGUCUAUAACAUGAUGGUCUGCAGCAAGAGCAACAACAACAAACCGAUCGAGGAGUUCGUGCUUGUAUCGCCUGCACCUGUAGACACUGCGGCCAAGCUCUCCAAUAUUUAUAUGAAACUGUCGGAGAAAGAGAAGGAGAGGGCGAAGGAUUUGAUAGCCGCGGGGAAGCAAUGCGAAGCUAUGGCCACGGAAUUGUUAGCCCUGGCCGCGGGCGCCGAUUCCGCUGGCAGGAUUCUCACGUCGAUGGAUCGGAGGAACGUGGAAUUCUUGGAUGUGCUGAUAGAGAACGAGCAGAAAGAGGUGAUCGCGCACACGGUUGUCCAACGAUAUCUGCAAGAGCUGUGGCAGGGUAGCCUGAAUUGGAACGCGUUCAGGACGAUCCUCUUGUUCGUCGCGUUCCUCAUCUGUCCACCUGUCUGGGUGGUUUUCGCAUUGCCGCUCGGACACAAGUACAACAACGUCCCCAUCAUAAAGUUCAUGUCGUACCUCACGUCACACAUUUAUCUGAUGGUCUUCCUUUUGCUGGUCGGUAUAAUUCCUAUCUAUCCAGUGGUAAGGGCGAGCCUGUUGCCCUAUUGGUACGAAUGGUGUUUGCUCGUGAUGCUGUCCGGGCUGUUGCUGUUCGAACUGACCAAUCCUAGCGACAAGAGCGGCCUAGGGUGGAUCAAAUUGGCCGUAUUACUCUUCGGCAUAUGCGGUGUGGCGUUCCAUCUGAUGGGUUUUGUGAUCGUUCAUCGACCCUACUGGCCAACGUUGCUCUACCUCAGGAACCAACUGUUCGCGUUGAGCUUCCUUCUCGCCUGCGUGCAGAUCCUCGACUUCCUCUCGUUCCAUCACCUGUUCGGUCCCUGGGCAAUCAUCAUCGGUAACCUGAUGAAGGAUCUCGCGAGAUUCCUCGCGGUAUUGGCGAUCUUCGUCUUUGGUUUCUCCAUGCACUUCGUCGCGCUGAACCAGGCGUUCAAGAACCAGUCGAUUCAAGACGCGCGCAUCGAGGACAAGAAGAAAAAGGGACCCUUCUACGACGAUUUGUUGGCCAAUGUUACGGAAUGGAUGAUGGAGACGCCUUCGACGGCGCCUCCUCGUCGCUACGGCCGCUACAAGAAACCUUGUUGUGACGAUAACUCCCGAGAUAUAAAGAUGAAUCCGGUACUCGCCUUCGAGUAUCUGUUCUUCGCCGUCUUUGGCCAAACGACCCACGGCGAGCUGAAGGUCGAGACUAAUCAGCCACAGUGGACCUCGGUCCUGUUCAAGUUGGCCUUCGGUGUAUACAUGUUGGUCUCGGUAGUCGUAUUAAUUAAUCUACUGAUCGCCAUGAUGAGCGACACCUACCAGAGGAUACAGGCGCAAUCGGACAUUGAGUGGAAAUACGGACUCAGUAAACUGAUCCGAAAUAUGCACAGAACUACCACCGCCCCGUCGCCUCUAAACUUGCUCACUACAUGGAUCGUGUACUUCAUCAAGGUGUGCAAGCAACACGCCGCGAAACGUAAGCGUCCAUCGUUGGUCCACAUGAUGGGACUUCAGCGUGCCGGUCGUCUAUCGCCAAGAUCGAAGAUGGGCGCAAAAUGGUUGGCGAAAGUGAAGAAAGGUCAAGUUAGACCGAAAGACAGCGUCACGUUAUCGGUGGUACAUUUGAGUCCCCUUGGUAGUCAAUUGUCCUUCAAUAGCGCCACCAGAAUUGAAAGUGUGGUCGAUUGGGAUUCGAUACGUAAGAAAUAUUUAGCCCUGACCGGGAACGAGCCUGAAAAAGAAGCGGAGAAAGAUGAGAAGAACGAGGACGAGGAGAAUGAGGAUGAAAACGGGCCAACCGCUUCGAACGCGUCCACGGUACCAGCUUCGACAUCAACGCCGCCUAUCUAG